UCCCGCGGCGCAGCAGCUUCGGCUGCAGAGAGUGGUCGAAGUGUCGGUCGGGGCAGACUCGCUUGUUCACCAUGAGGCCGCCGAAGGUGGUGCCGUGGCGGCGGCUGGUUGGGGUCUCCUUCGGGAUGUACACGGCCGAGGAGAUCAGGAAACUGAGUGUAAAACCCAUAACAAAUCCUCAGUAUUUGGAUAAUACAGGGAAUCCAGCCAUUAAUGGACUGUACGACUUGGCUUUGGGACCUCCAGACUCCAAAGAAGUGUGUGCAACUUGCAUACAGAACUUCAGCAACUGCCCUGGUCAUUUUGGCCAUAUAGAACUGCCUCUGACUGUCUACAACCCUCUGUUUUUUGAUAAAUUAUACCUUCUAAUUCGGGGUUCUUGUUUAAAUUGUCACACGCUGACAUGUGCUCGAGCUGUGGUUCACUUACUGUUAAGUCAGCUGAAGGUUCUGGAGAGAGGGUUGCUACAUGCUGUCCAUGAUCUUGAAGUCAUUCUGAACAGGUUUUUAGAGCAAUGUGCAGAUGCAACAGGCUCAGAAAUUGAAGAAGAGUUAAAUCACCAUGUUCAGGAAAUAUUAGGAAGUUAUCAAGUAAGAGAUCAGUGUUCAAAUGUCAAAAAUGUAUGUGAGUGUAGAAAUAAACUGAUUACACAGUUCUGGAAAGCACAUAUGAGUUCAAAGAAAUGCCCAAACUGCAAAUCUAGGAGAUCACUGGUGCGAAAGGAGCAUAACAGCAAGCUGACAGUAACCUAUCCUUCUACAGUGCACCAUAAAUCAGGGGAGGAAGGCAUUCUGGAUGAGCCAGCAGCUAUUGAUGAAAGCCAGUUAGGGAAGAGAGGAUACCUGACGCCAAUGACUGCCAAGGAAUACAUCCUGGCUCUGUGGAAGAAUGAAGGUUUCUUUUUGCGUUAUCUCUUCCCUGGGAUGGAUCCCCAUGAGAGUUCGGGAUUCAGUCCAGACAUGUUUUUUUUAGAUCUACUUGUGGUUCCACCUUCAAGGUAUCGUCCCAUAAAUCGUGUUGGAGACCGACUGUUUACAAAUGGUCAGACUGUGAACUUGCAGGCUGUCAUGAAAGAUGCCAAAAUGAUACGGAAGCUCUUGGUUCUCAUGGCAAAAGAACAAUGCCAGCCAAUAAAAAUCACAGAAGAAGAAACACAAACAGAGACAGGAGAGAAUAAUGAACCUCUGGACCAUUCUGUCCUGACAAUGAUUCCAGGACAGACCCUUGCAGAUAAGCUAUACAACGCUUGGAUUCGUCUUCAGAGCCACGUUAACAUUGUAUUUGAUAGUGACAUGGACAAACUAAUGACAGAAAAAUACCCUGGUAUUCGUCAGCUAUUAGAAAAAAAGGAAGGACUGUUCCGCAAGCACAUGAUGGGAAAGCGUGUGGAUUUUGCUGCUCGAUCAGUCAUUUGCCCCGAUAUGUACAUUGGUACCAAUGAGAUUGGCAUUCCUAUGGUAUUUGCUACUAAACUGACUUAUCCUCAGCCAGUCACUCCCUGGAAUGUCAAAGAGCUGAGGCAGGCUGUCAUAAAUGGCCCAAAGGUUCACCCUGGGGCCUCCAUGGUCAUUAAUGAAGAUGGAUCUCGUACAGUGUUGAGUGCGAGCAGCUUGACCCAGAGGGAAGCCAUAGCUAAGCAACUCCUCACUCCUUCUUCAGGCGCGCCCCAGUCAGGACUGAAGAUUGUAUGUCGACAUAUUAAAAAUGGAGAUGUCCUCUUACUGAACCGCCAGCCCACUCUUCACAGACCCUCCAUCCAAGCUCACCGGGCCCGAAUACUGCCUGGAGAAAAAGUGCUGAGGCUUCACUAUGCCAACUGCAAGGCUUACAAUGCUGAUUUUGAUGGUGAUGAAAUGAACGCCCAUUUUCCACAGAGUGAGCUGGGCAGAGCAGAAGCCUACACCUUAGCCUUUACCGAUGAACAGUAUCUGGUUCCAAAGGAUGGGAAGCCACUUCCUGGCUUGAUCCAGGAUCACAUGAUUUCUGGAGUCAGCAUGACAAUCCGGGGCUGCUUUUUCACCAGAGAGCAAUAUAUGGAGCUUGUUUACCGAGGACUAACAGACAAAAAAGGAAGAAUUAAAGUCUUUCCUCCUGCCAUUAUGAAACCACAACAGUUAUGGACAGGAAAGCAGGUUGUUUCUACAUUGUUAAUAAACAUCAUUCCAGAAAACCAUAUCCCACUGAAUUUGACUGGGAAAGCUAAGAUUGGUGGAAGAGCCUGGGUAAAGGGACCUGCAAACAGAUGUCUAAAUCUUGAUUCAAUGUGUGAAUCUCAGGUUAUUAUGAGAAAUGGGGAAUUAAUGUGUGGAGUCUUGGACAAAGCUCACUUUGGCAGCUCUGCCUAUGGCCUGGUCCACUGUUGCUAUGAAAUCUAUGGGGGUGAAACCAGUGGGAAAGUGCUAACAUGUCUAGGACGCCUCUUUACUGCUUAUCUGCAGCUGUACAGGGGAUUUACAAUGGGGAUUGAAGAUAUUUUGGUUAAACCUGAAGCAGACCACAAAAGACAAAAAAUCAUUGAAAAGUCAAGCCAGCAUGGUAUUGAAGCUGUUAGAGCUGCUCUUAAUUUGCCAGAAACAGCAUCGUGUGAGGAGGUCCAAGGGAAAUGGCAGGAUGCCCAUCUCUGCAAAGACCAGAGGGAUUUUAACAUGGUAGAUCUGAAAUUCAAGGAGGAAGUAAACAAUUACAACAAUGAAGUUAACAAGGUUUGUAUGCCCCUUGGUCUCCACAGGAGCUUUCCAGAGAACAAUUUGCAGUUGAUGGUACAGUCAGGAGCCAAAGGGUCUACUGUAAAUACAAUGCAGAUUUCUUGUUUGCUGGGCCAGAUUGAGUUGGAAGGUCGAAGACCCCCACUGAUGGCAUCUGGCAAAUCACUGCCAUGUUUCCAGCCUUACGAUUUUUCCCCUAGCUCAGGAGGAUUUGUGACUGGCAGAUUUCUCACUGGGAUCAAACCUUCUGAAUUCUUCUUUCACUGCAUGGCUGGCAGGGAAGGUCUCGUGGACACAGCUGUCAAAACCAGCCGUUCUGGGUACCUACAAAGGUGUAUCAUAAAACAUUUGGAAGGACUGGUAGUUCAGUAUGACCUGACAGUACGAGAUAGUGAUGGCAGCGUGGUGCAGUUUCUGUAUGGAGAAGAUGGGCUUGAUAUCCCUAAAACUCAGUUCUUACAACCUGAGCAAUUUCCUUUCAUUGCAGAAAAUUAUGAGGUAAUCCAGAAGACAAACCAUCUAGAUGAAGCUUUAGCAAGGAUGGAGUCUCACCAAGCUAACCAGCAGUUCAAAGCCAUCAAAAAGUGGCGAGCCAGGCACCAAAACUCUGUGCAAAGAGAAGGAGGUUUUCUGAUGUUUUGCCAAAAGAAAAUGGCAAGUGUAAAAGCACAGAUUACGGGAGGAGAAAUCAAAAAUGGAAGAGAUCCUGCUACUUUACAGUUAUUGAAGAUGUGGUAUGAACUAGAUGAGAAGAAACGAAGAAAGUAUAUGAAGAAGACAAAUAAAUGUCCUGACCCAAGCCUUGGUGUUUGGCGUCCAGAUACUUAUUUUGCAUCUGUUUCAGAAACAUUUGAAAAUGGAGUCGAAGAUUACAUCAACAAAUGGGAAUCUGAGAACAGACAAAGUUACAUGCGCCCAGCACUUUCUUCUGAUCGGUUGAAGGAUUUGUUGUAUUUAAAGUGGCAGCGAUCUCUUUGUGACCCAGGAGAAGCUGUGGGUCUUCUUGCAGCUCAGAGUAUUGGGGAACCUUCCACACAGAUGACUCUGAACACCUUCCACUUUGCUGGCAGAGGUGAAAUGAAUGUCACGUUGGGUAUUCCAAGGUUGCGGGAAAUAUUGAUGGUGGCCAGUGCAAAAAUUAAAACACCAAUGAUGAGUGUUCCUGUGUUCAAUACCAAGAAAGCUUUCAAGAAGGUGAAACAGCUUAAGAGACAGCUCACGAGAGUGUGCUUAGCUGAGGUCUUGCAGAAAGUUGAGAUAGAGGAAUCCCUGCGUGUGAAGUGCAAGCAGAACAAACAUCGCCUCUACAAAAUCAAAUUCCAUUUCUUGCCCCAUGAAUAUUACCGAGAGGAGAAGUGUGUGAAGCCCAAGGACAUCUUGCACUUCAUGGAAACAAGGUUCUUUAAAAUUUUUCUGGAAGCAAUUAAAAGGAAGAAUGCAAAGAUGGCAUCUUUUACUGAAGUCAGCACCCGGAAGGCAACUCGGAAAGAUUUAGAUGGUGACCAAGACAAGGCACUGAGUAAUCAGGAAGCUCCAGCAGAGGAGGAAGAGAACAUUGUUGAUGCAGAAGCUGAUGAAGGGGAUGGUGAUGCUACAGAAGCAAAACGGAGGAAGAACCAGGAGGAAGAGGUUGAUUAUGAGAGCGAAGAAGAGAAUGGGGAAGAAAAUGUUGAUGAGAAUCUAGAAGAUGAAGAGGCUGAAUCGGAAAAAGAAGGGACUCCUGGUGCUGAAGAAGAUCAGAAUGGAGCAGAUGGUGAUGAAUCUCAACAUCUUUCCUUUAUGUCUCAGGCUAAAAGAGAGAAAGAUCGAUUCCUUCAGUCAGCAGAGUUGCGAGUAAAUGCUGUUCUGGACAGCCACCCAUCAAUACAGGAUUACACAUUUGACACCAAAAAUGAACUUUGGUGUGAGGUUUCAUUGACGCUUCCAUUGAUGAAGGUGUACUUCGAUAUCUCCUCCUUGCUUGUCUCUCUUGCACGAAGCACAGUCAUUCAUGAAGUGAAGGGGAUCACACGAUGCUUGUUGAAUGAAAGUACUAAUAAGCAAGGAGAGAAGGAACUUGUUCUGCAUACCGAAGGGAUAAACCUUGUGGAGCUGUUCAGAUACUCUGAUAUUUUGGACCUGAACAGACUUUAUUCCAAUGAUAUUCAUGCCAUGGCUAAGAAUUAUGGAAUUGAGUCUGCCCUGAGGGUGAUUAUAAAGGAAAUAAAAGAUGUAUUUGCUGUAUAUGGAAUUGUGGUAGACCCUCGGCACCUUUCACUUGUUGCAGAUUACAUGUGUUUUGAAGGAUUUUAUAAACCACUGAAUCGUUUUGGAAUUCAGUCCAACUCUUCCCCUCUGCAACAGAUGACAUUUGAAACCAGCUACAAAUUCUUGAAGGAAGCAACAAUGAUGGGUGCCCAUGAUGAACUGCGAUCUCCUUCUGCAUGCCUAGUGGUUGGAAAAGUUGUUAAAGGAGGGACUGGUUUGUUUGACCUCAAGCAACCCCUUACAUAGUGUUUCGGUUAUAACUUAAGGAUUCUGACUGAAAUGUUCAUCAUAAGAGAUAUGUAUGCUCUACACCUAUGCAACAAGGGCACAUACUAUGUCCCCUGUCAUCUUCCCUGUGUCAAUAGGUUUGUUAAUCUGGUUACCUGAUGAGCCUGAUCUAUUUAAUGGGAAUGUCUACACUUAUAGGAGCUAUCCUUUGAGCCAAAGAAACAUUUAUUUACUGUUCAUUAAUGUAAAAAAAUUAGAUUAUUAGUUUACAUAGAAAAUAAUAAAAUGAAGGAGACCAUCCGGGUCUCAAACAGGCCAUGCAACAGCUGUGGCAGACAGAAAUCAAAGCAGAAUCUGUUUAUGCUGUCUAAUUUUUGCGGGCAGAAUCCCAUCACCAGUUGCCAC